GGCAGUUUGGGCUGGAGCCAGAGUGUGGAUUGAUCGGUUGAGCGAGCGAGAGAACUAAAGCGCGGCCGGCCGGCGGCAGGGGCAGGGACGAUGGCGGCUUCCGGCUGUCUCGCGGUCGCCGCGGCGGCGGUAGCGGCGGUGCUGGCGGCGGCGGCGCUGCCGCCGCUCGCGGCCGGCGCCUACGCGGACUGCUACGACUUCUGCUUCAAGGACUGCAUCUCCAAGGACAAGUCCAUGAGGGACUACUGCAGCUACGCCUGCGACAAGACCUGCGCGCCCGACGGCCGCGCGCCCCGCCGCCCCGCGGAGGCGGCGGCCGCCGGCGGCGGCCUCGCCAUCGCGUGCCAGAUCGACUGCGUCCGGGGGUCCUGCCACGGCGACCGUGCAGGCGGCAAGGACACGGUGGCCUGCUACGGCCAGUGCUACGACAGGUGCAACACCGGCGGCCUGCCGAGGCCUCUCCGCGCAGGCGCAGGCGGCGGCGUCCGGCCGGCGGCGUUGCCCGGCAGCCCCUUCCACGAGAAGCAGGACGGCGUGGUGACGGCGGCGGCGUUGCCCGGCGGCGAGAAGCAGGACGGCGUCGUGCCGGCGGAUGCGUUGCCCGGCAGCCCCUUCCACGAAAAGCAGCAGGACGCCGUCGGGCCGGCGGCGCUGCCGGAUCCAGACGAUGUCAGCCAUCAAGCAUGGGGCACCGUUCUCCCCUGAUCGUCGCCGGCGAGCGACGCCACUCCGCCGCCUACGCCGAAUCCCGCACGAGUGUGCUCGAUCGUGCCGCCGUAUUACUAGAGAAAAAGGAAAAUGUGAUGUGCAAUGCUGAUGUACAUUCCUGUUGAGUAAAGUGCUGUUGACGAAGAGAUUGAUUCGUCAGUGUAUAAGUUCACCGUUUAUGCAAUGGAUCUUCAGUGUAUAAUCUGGUAACUGUUGGUUAUGUUCUUU